AUGAAAAGAAAUUCAUCUACUUUCAGUACCACUACGUUUCUUAAUGAACUUCGGCUCCUAAGCAGAGUUAAAGUGGUGGAUAAUAGCAAAAUUGGAAGAAACGCCAAGCAGUCUGGGAGACCCGUGCGGAUAAUUCACGUGUACAACAAAACGCACGUGGGUCGCCUUGGCGACAGAGUCCUUGUAACCAUAGAACACGAAAAAAAGAAAGGGUACAUCGUGGGAUGUAAACAGAAUCAACAACCGUUAAUUCCCAAGUUUGACAGCAACAAUAUAGUUCUUGUUGACGAUAAUGGACAGCCAUUGGGAACACGUAUUAGGACACCAAUUCCUUCGUGUUUGCGAUCCAACACGGACCCGAACUUUGUUAAACUGUUGUCUCUAGCUACUACAUUUGUAUGA